CCUCCAAUCAGUGCCAUCAGCACAAAAGGAUCUGAGCUAUACAAAUAUUUUAUGAGCUUUUCUGUUCAGCUUUUUCCGUGAAAAAAUAAAGUAACUAAUAAACACAUUGAUGAUACCCACUAACAUUUAAAAAUGAAACUAUAAGGCAAAUUGUAAAGACUUCAUGAAGGUUCAGUUUGAAGAAAAAAAAAUUCGCAUUUCAUUUGGAAUGUACCAUGUUUCACAGUGAAGCUAAUCAUCCCCAUGGUGAGAAGAACAUGCUACGAGGAUAGAAUAUGCGGACAACUGAAACCGAUUGGAUCCCAUGAAGGCAUCCAACGUCAUGGCCAUGAAUAAAACCAUGUGAAACUUGUACCAUAAUUUUUUUAAUUUGAGUUGAAGUGCUCACACUCACGGUUUGCACACUCAUGGACAAAGAAUUCUCCACUAUACCGGUUGCCGGCCGGAGCUCCGACGAUGUGAGCUUUGCUGAUACAGUUUUUGGGUUUUGGGAUUCAUCCAAUUCAAGCAAUGAUCGCGACGACGACGACGACGAUGACGACGACGAUGAUGAAACCAUUUGUACUGCGGAAAAUGGUAAAGCAUUUUGGGAGGAACAAUAUCAACUUCUUAAGGCAAUUUUGUGCAGGACCAGUUCAUAUGAGACAAAAGUUCGGCAAGCAACGAAGGGGGUUCUAAGAGAACUGAACAUAUCGGAGAUGCUUUGUAUUUGCCGGAGGGCAGAGGUGGCUAAGAGUUGCAGGAAUUGCUUGCUGAGGGAAGUAUGUGAUCGAUUAUUGAACCUUGGCUACAAUUGUGCCAUUUGCAAAUCUAAAUGGAGGAGUUCACCCGAAAUCCCAUCAGGGGAGCAUACUUAUUUGGAAGUGAGAAAUAAUGUAUCAAACACCAAACGAGGGGCAGUAAAAGUGGUGAUUGAAUUGUACUUUAGAGCCGAAUUCGAGAUGGCACGGGCCAAUGAAGAGUACAACAAAUUAAUUAAGCGAUUACCCGAAGUAUUUGUUGGUAAAUCAGACAGAUUAAGAGCGUUAGUCAAGAUUAUGUGCUCAGCAUCGAAAAAAUGCAUGAAGGAGAAAAAAAUGCACAUUGGACCAUGGAGGAAACACAAGUACAUGCAAGCUAAGUGGUUCAGCACGUGCGAAAUGUCCACAACGGAAUCACUGCCAACGAUAAUGAACUCUGCUCAGCAACCAAAAGCUAAGGCUUCAAUGCUCACUUUUGAUUUAUUAGAUAACAUUAUUCACGGGUUGCACUGUACUACAGUUGAGGUCGUGUGAAAAUGGGAUGAUGAGGAAUCUUGUUAAUUAUGUUUUCAUGUCAUAAUAGUAUAUGGCUGUGUUAAAAUACUGUAAAAAUUUAGUAAGUUAAUAUGAUGAUCAUCGUUUUUCUUUUUUUUUCUUUUA